AUGGAAAAAACUCUCUCCCUUGAAAUUGAGCAUGAGUUUGUUCAAAACAGUGAAAGAGUGAAAUCUGUUGAUAUGCAUCCCACUGAGCCAUGGGUUCUACUAGGUUUAUAUUCAGGAACUAUUUCUAUAUGGAACUAUCAAACAAAGGUUGAAGAGAAGUCUCUCAAAAUUAGUGAAUCACCAGUGAGAUCGGCGAAGUUUAUCGUUCGGGAAAAUUGGAUUAUCGCAGCGAGCGAUGACAAAUAUAUUCGCGUCUACAAUCAUGAGAAAAUGGAAAAGAUAAUAGAAUUUGAAGGACAUAAAGAUUAUAUCAGAAGUUUAGAUAUUCAUCCUUUUCUGCCAUACGUGGUGUCUGCUUCUGAUGAUCAAGUUUUGAAAUUAUGGAAUUGGAAGAAAGGUUGGUCUUGUGAUGAGACUUUUGAAGGACACUCGCAUUAUGUGAUGCAAGUCGCAUUUAACCCUAAAGAUCCAUCUAUCUUUGCUAGUUCAUCCCUUGAUGGCACUAUAAAGGUUUGGACUAUUGAUUCUCCAACUUCAAAUUUCACCAUUGAAGGACACCUAAAAGGAGUGAAUUGUCUUGAUUAUUUUGAGAGUAAUGAAAAUCAGUAUCUUUUAAGUGGUUCUGAUGAUUACAAUGCCAAGGUAUGGGAUUAUAAUUCUAAAGAAUGCAUAAAAACACUUGAAGGGCACAAAAACAAUGUUACAGCAAUAUGUGCUCAUCCUGAAAUUCCUAUAAUAAUUACAGCUUCAGAGGAUUCUACUGUUAAAAUAUGGGAUAUUGUCUCAUAUAGGCUUGAAACUUCAUUGGAAUUUGGUCUUGAGAGAGUAUGGAGUAUUGGAUAUAAAAAAGGAUCAUCUCAGGUUGCUUUUGGUUGUGACAAAGGAUUUAUCAUUGUUACAGUGAAGCUUGCAAGUAGCCAAGUGAAAAAGGAUUAA